AUGGGCAAAGAAGGGUUAAGAUACGCGGCCAAGGUCUCGCUGGACAAACCGGCAUCGGAGCAGGAAUGCCUGCACAACCGUUGGCAUCCCGAGAACCCCUCCUACGGCACGAUCAAACCUGGUGAAGCCGUCAAGAUUGAAUGCGUAGAUUGGACAGGCGGUCAAAUCGGCAACAAUGACUCAGCAGAUGACAUCCGUGACGUUGACCUUACCAAGAUCCACUACUUGACUGGGCCCUUUGAUAUCGAAACUGCGGAGCCUGGCGACGUGCUAGUAGUUGAUAUCCAAGAUGUACAGCCCCUAGAAGACCAGCCAUGGGGUUUCACGGGUAUAUUUGCGAAAGAAAACGGAGGAGGGUUCCUGGAUGAGCUUUACCCAGAACCUGCAAAAGCUAUUUGGGAUUUCGAAGGCAUCUUCUGCAGCUCCCGCCACAUUCCUGGUGUUCGAUUCGCAGGCCUAAUCCACCCCGGCAUCCUAGGCUGUGCCCCUUCCGCCGAAGUCCUCGAGACCUGGAACACGCGUGAAGCCGAACUCAUCUCGACGCACACGCACCUGGACCGCAUCGUUGCACAACCACCACAGCCCCAAAACGCCCACUCCGGCUCCGCCACAGGUUCCGUAAAGGACAAAAUCGCGAAAGAAGGCGCUCGCACGAUCCCAGGACGUCCUGAACAUGGUGGAAACUGCGAUAUUAAGAACCUCUCCCGCGGCUCCAAAGUUUUCCUCCCAGUUCACGUACCCGGCGCGAAAUUCAGCGUAGGAGACCUACAUUUUAGCCAAGGCGACGGCGAAAUAUCCUUCUGCGGCGCCAUCGAAAUGGCAGGCGUCAUCACCAUCAAAUUCAGCGUCAUGAAGGGUGGCAUGAAGCAGCUCGACAUGAAGAGUCCCAUUUACAUCCCUGGUCCUGUAGAGCCGCAGUUUGGUCCCGGCAGGUAUAUCUACUUUGAGGGGUUUAGUGUGGAUGAGAAGGGUAAACAGCAUUAUCUUGAUGCUACGGUGGCGUAUCGUCAGACUUGCUUGAGGGUGAUUGAGUAUUUGAGACGGUUUGGCUACAGCGACUACCAGAUCUACCUCCUGCUCUCGUGUGCCCCGAUUCAAGGUCAUAUAGCUGGUAUUGUCGAUAUCCCCAACGCCUGUACGACCAUCGGACUGCCGAUUGACAUCUUCGACUUUGACAUUAGCCCCCAGCUUCCAGCGGAGAAGCGCGAUCUUGGGACGUGCGCGUUUGCUGGGAAGAAGUAG